AUGAUCUCAACGGAAAGUUUAAGUUAUGGCAACACUACCAGCAAUACUACCCAAUCAUACCGUAAAAUAAUCAAUUUUAAAGGCAUACCAUACGGCACACCACCCAUAGGAAGGUUACGAUUUGUAAAGACAGAGCCAAUUGAUUAUUCACAGCGCCGGACAAUUAAUGCCACAAAUUUUGGCACUUAUUGUCCGCAACAUAUUUGGGACACCGAUGAGGACUGUUUGUAUCUAAACGUAUGGACCCCGACAUUAGACUCCAAAGCAAAACUGCCCGUCAUGUUUUACAUACACCAAGGUGGUUUUGCCAUAGGCAGCGCUAAUCUAUACAAUGGCCAACAGUUGGCGCUCCGGGAUGUGGUUGUGGUGACCAUUAACUACCGGUUGGGUGCAUUGGGCUUUAUGUGUACCGAUAGGCCGGACGCGCCCGGAAAUGCCGGUCUCUGGGAUCAGGCGAUGGCAAUGAAUUGGACGCAACAAUUUAUCACACAUUUUGGCGGUAAUCCCAAUGAUAUUACAGUGUUUGGCGAGAGCGCCGGCGCCAUCUCUAUCGGCGUUCAUAUCUUAUCAAAUGUCACAAAUGGUUACUUCAAUAAAGCUAUUUUACAAUCAGGAUCAGCCCUAAUGCACGAGUUGAUUCGGCCAAAGUCCUAUACCACACGACUGGCCAAACGGUUUGCCCGGGAAGUGGAUUGCAAUCCUGGCGAGGAUUAUCUGAUGUGCUUACGGUCAGUGCCAUUGGCAACUAUAUUGAGAGUACGGUUGAGUGCGUCCAACUGGAAUAUGGACACUCCCGACGCCAGUCCCCUCAUAACAUCCCAUAUGUUUCCCUUUCAUGUCUGUUAUGGCGAUCAAUUGCUGCCCGAAUCGCCAGUAGAGUUGCUUAAAGGCGGGCAUUACAGACGGGAUUUGAGGGUAUUAAUGGGUCACCAGACUGUGGAAUAUCUGACGCUUGGCCUCGUCCAGGGCUACAGUAGUCGAUACAACCCGUUUGUCCCGUAUGUGUAUACGACUAAACGGACUGCCGUUUCCGAUAUCGAGCACUUGAUUAAUAACUCGACGUUCGCCGGACUUGUGGUGCAAAGAUAUAUUGAACCCUAUUUUACUGGGUAUAACCCGUGGCAGUCAAACGCGCUGCGACUUACCGUUGCGCACGCCUUAAGCGAUGGUUACCUGACGUGUCCUAUAGUAAUGUACGGCAAAUAUUUGGCAAAAUAUUCAAAUUUUACGGCAACCGUAUAUCAGUAUCAGUUGACGUCCACCAAUAGGCUGUCACCCACUGCCUAUAGUUUGUGGUGUAAUGGCACUUCCCAUGGCGAUGAAAUACCCUUGGGCAUACCAUACGCCACACCCCCAGUGGGAGACUUAAGAUUCCGACGUACAGUCCCUAUAAGUUAUUCACAAAUGAAAACCAUAAACGCCACACAAUUUACUAAUGGUUGUCCACAACUGGGAAAUAUUAUGAAUGCAAACGAGGACUGUCUGUAUUUAAAUAUAUUUACGCCAACUAUGAAUACCAAUGCAAAUCUACCGGUUAUGUUAUGGAUAUUACCAGGAGCAUUUGUUGGCAGUAUAGCCACCCCUACGGCCAAUAGCUUUGAUGGCCAACAGUUGGCUAUAAGAGGUGUAGUGGUCGUCACCAUUGACUUUAGGGGAUUAGUAUUUGGCUAUCUGUGCACCGAUAGGCCGGACGCCGACGCAAAUGCUGGUCAAUGGGAUCAGACGAUGGCAUUGAAUUGGACGCAACAAUAUAUCAGACAAUUUGGUGGAAAUCCAUGCGGUAUUACAAUAUUUGGUGAGAGUUCCGGCAGUGACUGCGUUAGCGCUAAUAUAUUGUCAAAAUAUGCCAAUACUUACUUCAAUAAAGCAAUUCUACAAUCGGGUAAUUAA